AUGGAAUUCAAUUUUACCAGUUCAAUAUUUCCUAAAUCGACAAAAUCAUCCAAAGAUCGACGUCAUGAAUUAACUCCAGAAGAAAAUGAUGAAAUUAAAGAAGUAUUUGAAUUGUUCGAUAAUGAUAAAGAUAAUGAACUUGAUUAUUAUGAAUUCAAAAUUGCACUUCGUGCAUUAGGUUUUGAUAUUCAUAAAACAGAAGUAGAAGGAUUGAUGCAUGAUUAUGACCGACAAGGAACGGACAAAAUAACUUAUCAUGAUUUUCAUGAAAUUGCUGCCGAAAUGGUACUUCGACGUGAUCUACGUGAUGAAAUUCUUAAAGCUUUUAAACUUUUUGAUGAUGAUGAAACUGGCAAGAUUUCAUUGAAAAAAUUACGAAGUGUUGCACGAGAAUUAGAUGAUAAUGCUAAUGAAGAAGAACUCAAAGCAAUGAUUGAUGAAUUUGAUUUAGAUGGUGACGGUGAAAUUAAUUUUGAUGAAUUUAUGGCUAUGCUUAGUUCAGACUAA